AUGUCAUUUCCUCUUCAACAGCAGGAAAUGAAGUACAACAACAUCGCAGAGCACUCCAGUCCUAGGGCUAUGAAAAAUCUGCGACAGUGUAAAAAUCUGAGUGCAAACAGCAGCCGCCCAGCAGACCGUACACUGUACCAGUGUACAGCCAAGCCUCCCCGCCUAACUAUCUUUCAGCAUUUCAUUUUCCGCUUAAUACAACCGCUACGACGCUCGACGAUCUCUCAUUUUAAUUUUCACUGCAGCAAAUUAUUUUCGUCUAGUUUUAUCCUGUUUUGUACUCGCUUUGGUAUUUUGUUGCACAUGGACUUGACUGGGUUUAAA